AUGUGCGCCUUAUGUUGUGGAAAUGAGGAGGGUUAUUACCACAAUUUCAUUGGUAAUGUGGAGUUCCACAUGGACGAUCCGUGGUACAACGUGAGAGACUUGCUAAGGAUUUUGAAGCGAAUGAAAAGACUGGACCUGGCCCAUCCAGAGAACAGAUACAAAUCAUUAUGUUGGUUGAACGGUAUGGACUGUCUUGUCCCUUACGGGCCAACAUGCAGAUUUCCAUGCAAGGAUUUCUAUGUGACAGAAGCUCGUGGAUGCUGGGGUCAGGCCUUGAGCCAGCUAAAGAAAAAUUUGGCGGAUAAUUGCAUGAUCAAGUUUGAGAUGGGGAGAGCUUCACCACCACGUUGUGGAAAGAAAUACAGGAAAUCGUGUACAAAUGAUGGAUUUGAUUGCGGUGGCAACGUCAAAUGCUGCUCAGGAAUUGAAGAUGUCUGCGGUCCAAAGAUGGAAGAAUGUUGCGAUUCAGGAGAACCAGACUGUUGUGAUGAACGGUGUGAAGCAUUAGACCAUUAUUGUUCGGAAACUAGCGAGUUAUGUGACAAAUGCCUUGGUCCAGAACCACCAUCAUGUUGUCCAGACUGGUGCGGCUCAUGUAAAGUAAAAAAAAUUCCACCUGAGUCCUACAAAUGCUAUAUUAAGAGUUUCCAUGAUCCCAUUGAAAAAAUGAUAAGAAAUAUAGAAAAAAGGGACUGCGUGUUCACACGAAAAUCCUUCGAAAAUUACUACAAAGUUAUCUGGACGAAGUGUAAGAAAAAAUGUGAUAUUUUGGAAGAGCGUGACAGUGAGGACUUUAUUUGUGACGAAUGCUGUCGACAAGAACAGGAAGAAUUGCAAUAUUGCUGCUAUCCGGAAGAAGAAGAAGGAGAAGAGUGCAAUUGAUUCGAUUAUUGGAAACAGUAUCGAUAGAAUAUAAUAUGGAAACAGAAAAUAGAAAAAGAUUGAGAAUGAAACAGUUCACAAGAAACAAACUACAAUUUCUCGAGCAAUCUUUGGGAGAAUCUUUGAGAAGAUUGAUAAUUAUAAUAAAUGGCAUUAUAUUGGCAAUUUCACAUUUCA